AUGGUGCGGCUCAUCUACGAGCCGAAGUACAAGGGUUGCCUGGAUCUUUGCGCAUGUUGCCUUCGAGCCGUACAGAUGCUGCUGCGCAUUGCUCGGACCAUGUUUGAAGAUUCCGAUCCUAAUCUGGGCUGGAAGCAGUUCGUCGAGUUGGCCGGGAAGACCCAGGCCGACUUGGCCUUGCCAGAACUCCGACUGCUAGCCGAGCAGAAGGUGGAUCGAGUGGUUGCCAGCAAUGCCAUUACGGUUCUGGCUGAACUUGGCCCCUAUGCUUUGAAUUCCCAGUUGGUGCCCCGAGUCUUAGAGCUCUUCGAGGAGACACCGGAUCGCGCCAGCGACUUAUCGGAGGUGGCCCUACGCGUGCAUGCGUGGGGUGGAGAGUGCAGAGAACAGCUGUGCAGCGCCAUCGUGGAAGUGAACCACACUGGUGGCCACCUCCUCGUGGAGGUGUUGCUGCAGAUGAUCAAUAGAUGUGACUUCAAACGGCAGCAGCGCGCUGCGAAGGUCUUGACUGGAUGCUUUGUUCUGACGCGAGGGAAGGAGUGGAUGUACACCAAUGACUCACGUCUUCUGGUGGAGCUGUUGCUCCGGGAGAUCCCGGCGAAAGCGGAGGACCCCAAGGCCUUUCGCUGUUUCAGCACCUGCGUCAAGGCACUGCUGCAGUGCAGCCAAGCUGCUGCAGAGCACCGACGAGACGAACUGUGGCAGGUCAUGGAGGACCUGCGUCAGGACGAUCGUUUGGAGCCAGCGGUGCGGCAGGACUGCGCAGAGGUCUUGGAAGUGAUGGGUCUGGAUGUGCCAAUGAGCGAUCCAUGA